AAGGAGAGAACUUCCACUACUUCAAACAGAAUUUGAAUAGAGUCUUCCAUGUGCGUCACAUCUUGACCUUUUGCUUAUAAAUGGAAACCCACAGGCUACGGAGGGAGUGAAUGUUUAUGUAGUGACAGCCUAUUGCUGCCUUGGGCACUCAGAGUCAUAGCAGGGCGCGUUAAUGUUUACACAGCAAAAGCCAAUCAUUUUAAAGACCUGUCAGUGAAGGCCUGCCUCCCACCUGACAGGCUCAGGAUCAAACUGGAGAGGAGCUAUAAAGUUGCCUGAGGGAGGAGAGAGGAGAUUAAACCAUGAGAGCGCUUUGCUAGCUUGUAGUCCCAAAGCAUGGCACUGCCACACUGCAUGACACCCACUGACCUGUCAGCAGAGAAGAAGGUCAUCAAGAAGAAAACCUGGAGAAACAGAAUACGACUUUUCUUGAAGAAAAACUCUUCCCAGCCAAUAUUACAUCUAAUGAAAAAUGGAUCCUACAGGCCAAGUGCUGAUGACGUGACCCAAUGGGCGCAGUCACUUGACAGACUACUGAGUCAUAAACAGGGCAAAACUGUCUUUUGCAUCUUCCUUAAGUCUGAGUUCUGUGAAGAGAACAUUGAGUUUUGGACAGCCUGUGAGGAUUUCAGGACACUCACUUCACACAAACAGCUGGUGUCCAAAGCCAUCAGCAUUUACGAGGAGUUCAUUAAAAAUGAAGCUCCCAAAGAGAUAAACUUGGAUUUCCACACUAAAAAUGCUAUAGUCCAGAGCCUCCAUGAUCCAACUGCAACUAGCUUCCUGGCAGCUCAGAGGAAAAUCUACAGUCUGAUGGAGAACAACUCCUACCCAAGGUUUAUCCACUCUGACCUCUACAAAGAACUGUGUGCAGCUGCCAGAGCAGAGGGCAAGCGCAUUAAGUCCUAGUCAAACUAGAUACCAACUCCUGAAGUCAUUUGUUUACCAUGGUGACUGUGAAUAGAUCACUGAUGAUUUUCAUUCCAGCCACUGCCUUGGGAUAAUAGUUCGGAAUGCAAAUCCUGAGCAUAAAUAGCAAUAAACAAACAGCUGAAUAAUCAUCCCAGUAAUGAUGCUGGGAAGAUUAGGCUGCAUGUUACUGUAUAUGCUGCUGCAGGCGCCACGUGGAGCAUUUUGGCCAAAGGGGAUUAAAGUUACUUAUUUUGCAAAGCUCUUGCAGAGCCACUGCAUUCAAAGCUGUCAAAGCACCGCACUUAACUGUCUCUUGCUGCCAGUGCUGCCAGAAUGUCUUUUCUAUGAUAUGUACUUGAAGACUUUGUACAUCUGUCGCCUCAGACUUCCUAUGUGACCAACCGUUUAGCUCUGCUGGACACACAACAGUUUACACAAAAAGCGCAAUUUGAAUAUAAUAUUUGCAAUAUUCACUGACUGUAUGUGGCCUGAAAUCACUGUGAAUAUGUAUAUAUUGUAAAUAUGGCAUGAUGUGUUGAAGGCGAAUUUAAC